GAGUGAGCUCUCAAAAUUUGAAGAUAACGUCAUCUACCUUUCCCGCUUCAAUGUCCCAAUAUCCAAAUUGUUCUUUCAACUAGCUUGCUUUUGUGUUGCUUUGUGAUACAAUGAUAAUGAUGAUGGCUCUAAAGAAUGCUAUAGCACUCUUGAUCCUCAAACAUGCAUUAUCUUGACAUUAAAAAAAACAUCUAUUUUUUAUAUGUGUGAUCAUAUUUUGGCAACCCUGGUUUUACUCUAUGGUCUCUCCAAAAAAAGUCAGCUUUUUUUUCUGCCGCAACUGUUUUGAUCGAUCGAUCGAUCGUUCCUUCGUUCCUUCGUCCUUUGGUCUUGCGUCUCUUAUCUGUGUUUGGGUCGUUUGUGUCGUUUGUGCCUACGGUGUCUACCUCCAGAUCCUUCAAAUCUGGGCUGGUCCCUCCCUCCACCUACUGAGAAGGGAGACUAAAGCAGGGCACUCACGUAUUCCGCACCGGUCAGCCUGUUUCCAGAGGCGUGGUACUUGGCCAGAUAAUCAGGACCAGGAUGGCCACCGUCGGGAGCUUGUGGACUGGCUUGUGGGGCGUUCUAAUAACCGCAGCCGUUAGCGGCGCUCACGAGGCCCCCACAGCCGGCGACUGGCCCAGUUUGGGUUGGCUGAAUCGAUACGAGUUGGAAAACAUUCACUACCACAUCGAUAUCCAAGGCACGCCCAUAUCCGAACAAUCCAGUGGCUCCAACGUUCCGGAGAGUCAAGCUCAAGAAGAUAUCGUGCCCAUUAUCAAUAAAUUCGGCCAACGAUACCAUUGUCGGGUGCCGAUGAUGGAAACCCCCACCACCCAUCAGAACACAGGCUUAGAGAGUGGGCCCAAUGGACCCGUGGUCGAGAUCCCGCCCCAGGAUAUCCAUCAGCUCUUGACCCCCUUGGCCAAAGCUCCGUGUUUGUUGCGGACAAAAGACUGGUGGACCUAUGAGUUCUGUUACGGCAAGAGUGUCCGACAGUUCCACAUGGAAGACAAUCGGCCAUCGGGCAAAAUCAUGUCAUUGGGGCAAUACGAUCACGAUUAUGAAUGGAAAGAAGGCGAAGGGGUGGCUGGGCUGAAGCAUCACAGUCAGUUCUAUUUGAAUGGCUCGGCUUGCGAUUUGACAGGGUCAUUGCGACAAACUGAAGUUCGGUUCAUCUGCAAUUCGGAUGCUAUCGUGGAUGCGAUUGUGCAAGUGGAUGAGCCCGUGUCGUGUGAAUACGUGCUGACUGUCGCCACCAGCAAGAUCUGCUCGUUUCCCCAAUUGAAACCUCCGCCCGUGAUCGAGCCGCAACCCAUUGUAUGCUCGCCCGUUUUAACCGAGCGUGAAUACGAAAAGUACUUGAAAUUCGAAGAAGCUCAACAGAAACUGCAGAAGAAGAAAGCCUUGGCCAAUGCGGCCAAACAGAAAAAGAAGAUGUUGGAAGUGCUGAAAGACGAAGAUCUGUCCGGUUUCGAUGUCGAUAGUGAGGAGGGCUUCGCGAUCAUGGAGGAAAUGGUACAAAUGAGAAUGGCCGACAAGUUGGCCUCUGAGCUGAAAAGCAUGUUGACCUCUCCUUCAUCCGGCUCGUCAUUUGAGACCUUGGGCCAAAAUGGAUUCACCUUCAAGCGGAUCUUUGCCGAUGAUCUGUUUGAUACGAGUUCCAAAAGAGUCCUAGUGAAUAAAGAAAACUAUUUGGCUUUGAUGAAAUCUGUCUUGGCAGAGAAAAAAUCCAAACGAAUUUUCAAAGACCUGAACCCAGAAGAUGCCAGUGACUCCCCGGCUAAAAUGAAAUUUCUUACUCAAUCACAAGAUGAGCACGACCAAGACCAGGAGUAUCUGGAUAUGGAGAGGAAAAUCCGCAGUGAUUUCACUACUCCAGAAGAGAUGCACCAGGAGUUGGAUAAGGUCAUCUCAACCUUGGAUCCCGAAGAGCAAAAUAAAAUUCGCGCCUUUACCAACAGUGAGGAAUUCAAAAAGGAGAUCGAAGCUUCAUUCAAGGAUAUAGUCGAAGAAACUGAGCAAGAGAUUGGUCUGAAGUUGAAUUCAGAGCCCAAUCCCGUGAUUGAAGAGUAUUUGUCAACGGUCAAGGACCUGAUGAGUAAAUUAGACCAGACCUCGAACAAAAUCAAUGACAUGACUGAAGAAAUCACCUCUCUAGACGAGGAGGUUGAUGAAAAAGAAGACGAGAUUGAUAGCUUGAAAGUUGAGGAUCUGGAUGACCUUGAGAUGGAAACAUUCAUGCAAGAAAGCCUUAAGCGCGACAACAAGCGAUCAGUUAAAAAGGAUUUGAGUCGUCAAUUCGGGGAAGAACCGGAAGACGAUGCACUUGUUCCUCAAGAAGGUGAAGAAGAACGAGUGGACCUUGGAGAUGAGGAACCAGAGCCCGUGAAAAACAUUCAAAUCAAAGUGACGGAUAUCAAUCCAAAGCAAGUAUCUGGAUUGAAGGGAUCGCCCAGUAGUGAGAAAGUCGCAAAACGUCUGGAAUCUGCCAUCAAAGACAAGUUGGUCAAAGCUGGAUUCGACUCUGGAGGUCGACAAAUUGAGGUCAAACUCGUGACUUCGGCACAUAUACUUGAUGACUUUUCCGACGAGUCCGAUUCUAGCCAGAAUAAUGUCCCGGAAGAUCCAGAGAGUCAACAACAGUUUCAAAAUAUGCUUUACAACCUCAUGAUUGGUAACCAUGCGGGCUAUGACGACAUUGAUAGUCAGCGCAAGUCCGAGAAGAACUAUAAAUUCGCGUGGAAUGACGCAGAGUUUAUGAGCACUAUAGAAGAGCCCGUGGAUGACCUUAUCUCGUCGGACACUUCUAUGGCUUCCUCUUCCUCAUCUUCAAUCUCGUCCAGCGAUUCGCCUUCAGAUUAGUAUCGACCAAUUGUUUAACUUAAGAAAUUCAAUCCGUUUCUUAACUACCUGUGAUAUUUCACCUUGUUCCCCCGCCAACACCCACCAUAUCUGUUUAUGCCAAGGGAUUGUUGGUAAAGACCAGUGAUCAUUCCGGCUAGCAUUUUUUCAAUGUCUAAUACACGCUAUUACAUGUUUA